UGUCAAUUUAACUUUAACCUAAAAAUGUAAAUAUUGUAAAUAAUUGUAAUAAAAAUGAAAAGUUGUACCUUUUUUGUACCUAAUUAAUUGGCACGUUUAAUUCUUAGGUUAUUAUUACCUAAAAGUGCUUGAAGUACAAACUAUGGCUGCAACAGAUGCUAAUGUUUCUGAAGAAAUUGAGGAAGAAGAGAUUCUAGUGUAUGCUGAUUUUGAUGCUGUGAUAGAUGAAUCGAUGAUCCAAAAAGAUUCUUUAAUUAAAGUUAUUGGCCUUGAUGGAGACGAACCUUUUCUUCAGAUGGGGACUCAGAUGUUCAGCGGUAAAUGGCACGAUACUGUGGGCACAAAUCUGUUUUUUGAGGCAGAACCUGCACCUCCGCCUGCUGAUCCUGUGUUCUCCGAUACGCCACAAACACUUUUGAACUAUAAAUACAAGACUAGCAAAUGUUUAGAACUGUCCAGGGUAUUCAUCAAUUCAAAGACCAAAGAGAAUGAAAGUCUCAGUUUACUGGAUGGAGACGGUAUUACAGAAAAUUCUGUUGCACUUGGAGACAAUCCUAAAGAACCACAGCCUAUGGAGGCUAUGGAAAUCGAAGAAGGUCAAGCACCUUUAAAACAAGCAGCAAGCAAUGUCAUUGUCAAUGAUAACUCUCACACGUCAUAAACCUGGAGUUUUAUAACACUUGAAGCAAUUCCAAUGCGUCAAAACAUUCCAUACAAUGCAAGAAUCCUCCAAAGAAAGAAGUAUAUCCAGAAUAAUCUUUUAAACAAAGUAACAUUAAACUUACACAUAACCUAAAACACGAGUUUAGACUACAUUCUGCUCAUAAUCUUGGAACACAUUUUAAUGUUCUUAAAGUGUGUACCCAAAUGUAGAAGAUAGAACAUUUUGUACACUGUGACAUAUUCAAUUUGUGUGUGUGUAUGUAUAAUCUUGUACAUGAACUUAAAUAUUCGUACUAAGUAGCAGUUUGUAUUCAAUGGUUUUGUAAAUAUAAAAUGUAAAAAC